GGAAAGACGCCCUGUUUCUCCACAAUCCGGGGAUUUCGGCCUAUACUCCGCGCCCGCACUGAACUGACUGGUUUACCCCUCUUAGGCUCUUACUCUUACGGGUAUGUCUCUUCUGUUCUCUGUUCCUAUCCUCUUAUGAUGUUUCUGCCCUUCACGGACGUGGUGUCUUGUGCUUCGCCAGCCUUUUAGGAGAGUCCGAUAACAGAUUGUGGACCUGAAUCAUAUUUAUUGUCAAUUAGAACAUCCCCCACAGGUAUCGAACGGCUAUGAAGACAACCUCACAGCUACCGUGCAGCGUCGAUCCAAUCAGUCCAGCGCAUGGAGCCCCCUCCGAGGAGAGCUCCAAUGUUCUCUAUAGAGAAUCUAGAGAUUACGUGGGAGAUGAUGAGGAAGAUGUUAUCGACACCCCACGGCCGAAGGAGCUGUCCAAGAUCCCAACAAAUGUGAGCCAUUUCGAGGCCUUGACCACUCGAAGUUUGACGCUCGUUCGGACGAGGGAAUCAGGCAAGGAUUUGGGCCCCCCUCCGGACGGCGGCUUCAGGGCAUGGUUCCAAGUGGCUCUUGCCCAUUUUGUUAUCUUCAAUACCUGGGGCUAUAUCAAUAGCUUUGGCGUCUUUCAAGACUACUAUACCCAGACCCUGAAGCGGCCGCCCUCUGAUAUAUCCUGGGUUGGCAGUAUUCAGAUCUUUCUACUGUUCUUCAUUGGGACUUUCUCGGGACGUGCCACCGACGCCGGAUACUUCAAAGUCAUCCUGAUUCUCGGGGCCAUACUCGAGCUGUUUUGCAUCUUUAUGACUUCCCUGUGCACUCAGUACUGGCAACUGUUUCUGGCACAGGGGAUCGGUCAGGGGAUUGGCUGCGGGCUCAUGUUUUGCCCGACUAUUGCUCUGAUUCCGACGUAUUUUACUAAGAAACGAGCCAUAGCGAUUGGCAUAACAGCCUCGGGAUCGGCUACAGGAGGGCUGGUCUUUCCGGCGGUGGUCAUGCGGCUUCUACCCCAGAUUGGGUACGGAUGGACGGUGCGAACGUUGGGCUUCGUUUCGCUAGCUACGUUGACACCCUGCUUGAUCUUUCUUCAGCAAAGGCUGCCGCCCCGUCGUAGUGGACCACUGAUCGAGUUAAACGCCUUCCGGGAGACUUCCUAUGCGCUCUUUGCGCUGGGAAUGUUCCUGAACUUUUGGGGUCUCUACGUGGGUUUCUUCUAUAUCAGCAGCUUUGCGCAAGACAUCGUCGGCGUCUCUGAGUCUACCUCGAUUGAUGUGCUUCUGGUGAUGAAUGGGGUAGGCCUGGUGGGUCGCUUGAUCCCCAACCUGCUGGCGGACUGGUACACAGGCCCAUUGAAUAUGCUCAUCCCCUUCAGCCUGAUAACUGGGGUGGUGGCCUACUGCUGGGCGGUGGUAGGGAGCUAUAACGGUCUGUACGCUUUCAGUGCCUUCUAUGGGCUUGCAGCGGCCGGCAUCCAAUCCUUGUUUCCCGCCACAUUAAGUACAUUGACCACCGACUUGAAGAAGACAGGAGUUCGUAUGGGGAUGGUGUUGAGUGUGGUGGCAGUGGCCGCCCUUAUCGGCACGCCUAUUGCAGGAGCUCUGGUAGAUCGAGACGGCGGACGAUAUCUAUACGCACAGAUGUUCAUGGGGAGUGCCAUUCUGGCGGGCACAUUGACUUUGAUUGCAGCGCGCACAAGCAAAUUAGGCCUGUCCUGGCAACGCGCUUGAAGUUGAUUCAUGAUAUCAGAAAGGGAGGAAGGACGGAGAAGAAGAUUCAAUAGAGAAAAAC